AUGCGUCACCGCUUGGGCUACAACCACCUUUCGCGUCCGACCGCGCACCGCAUGUCGAUGCUCCGCAACCUCGUCUCGUCCCUGCUCGAACACGAACAAAUCACGACCACGCUCGCGAAGGCGAAAGCGACCCAACGCAUGGCCGAACGCGUCAUCGAGUUGGGCAAGAAGGGCGGCCCGAACGAGUGGAACAGGGCGAACGCUUUCCUCUGGGCAAGUCGAACCGUUUUUUUUUUUGAAAAGGGGAAAGGGUAGAGAUCGAGCGAGCAAAACGAAAGCGCAGACCUCCUUUUUUCUCCCCUCCCCUCCCUCCCUCCCUUCCCCCCACAUCCGUACUGACCCCAUCCCCCCCCCCCCAAAAAAAACAGAACGCCCCCACCACCCUCCGACCCCUCUUUACGAGUCUCGCCGAACGUUACGCCUCCCGACCUGGCGGAUACACUCGCCUGAUCCGUUCCGGCCAUCGGGUCGGUGAUCAUGCCCCCUUGGCGAUUCUCGAACUCGUCGAUAACCGCAACGAUCUCAAGUUCGAAACCGCUUCCAAGGCGUUGGCGAGGGAAUUGGCUUUACGCGCCAAGGGGCAAGGUGAACGUAAUGGACCGGACGUUUGGUGGGGUUUGAGAACGAGGUUGGAAGCUUUCGGCGAAGAAGGCAUCUUCGGUCAAUUCGAGAAGGAACCGACCAUCGAAUCGAUGACGAAGAAGAACGUGCUCAAAGCUUUGAGGUACAGGAAAGCUUUCCCACCUUCUUUGAAUUCGGAUCCGACUUUGACCGAAACGCCGACGACGGCGGCGCUUCAUCCGGCGGUCCAAUUCCUCAAUCGCACCCAUCAUCACUACCUCCACCACCUCGCCUCCCUCCAACUUUCCACCCCUUCGACGCCCUCUUCUUACAAAACUAUAAAACAACUCACCCAACGCUUACGACCUUCCGAAAGUAGAGGCGCUCCGAGACCCGUAUUGACCGUACCUAUGAUGGGUCGACGCGUUGCAGCCGGUCAGUCGACGCGCGGUUGGCCCAAGCACGACGAACAGCGGUCAAGUCCUUCUUCUUUGGAUGGGUUGGAGCAGAGGCUCUCCGGAUUGGACUUGAACUCGGGAGAGGCCAAGGGGAGGGAAAAGGGGGGUCCGAUCUCGAGGGCCAAGGCGGGCAGAUCGAGGGAUGCGAGGAGCGCCACUAGGGCUUCUUCGACCACAGCGAGGACAGAGGCGGGGCUUUGA